GUUUUCUUCUGCUGUGGUGCAGCUGUGGGAACUUUCCGAGUCUUCCAAACCUCCUCAAAGAAACUUCUAAAACCGUAUUUAUUUCCCACACGGACAAAACAUGUCUUUUAAAAGAAUGCACUUCCUCACACUGCUCUGCUCCAAUAUCAUUGUUUUGAUCCAGCACGGCAUUGGAAAAGCUCUUGCCAUUCAUGUGGAAAUCCAAAAUAUAUGGCCGGAUGAGGACGUUUAUUACGAGUAUCGGCCAGCCAGAGUAACCUGGGAUGCCGUCAACCAGUUGUGCAUCCAGAGGUCAGGAUCCCUGGCAGUCAUACCUGGCGCUGAAGAGAAACGAAACUUGACUAGAUUUCUGCAGUCCUUGAACAUUUCAGAGCCCGUGUGGAUUGCAAGGAGUCCAGAAAAAAAUGGUACUUUAGUCCUGAAAUUCCGGGGUGGAAGCGAACUUCAGUCGGCUCGUUUGCUGCACAAGUUCUCCAACAUGAGCGCCGUGACCAUCUGCGCUCGCCUACAAUUCAGUCCCGCUUGCCACGGGCCUUCCACUGUGAUUUCUUAUUCCACAGGCUCCUUCGUUAAUGAGUUCCAGCUCCGAGCCUGGGUCAAGCCAAACCAACCGGUUAAGCUCGCUCUGAUGGUGCACGGAGAACACAGCCCCUAUCGUCCGGCCUUCGCCAAGGAUGCCUCCUGGCACUCCGCGUGCGUGAGCUGGACAGGAAACGAUGGCAUGUGGACAAUGUCAGCGGACGGCAAUGAAAUUCUAAGCGGUAUUAAUCUGUACCAAUCGGGCUCCAUCGGGGGCGGCGGGAUUUUCAUCAUAGGUCAAGAGCAAGACGCGUUCGGGCGCGUGCGCAAAAACAGCGAAGCCUUCUGUGGCGGCGUUACUCAGCUGCACAUGUGGAAUCGGGUCCUGGAUGCCAGCGAGAUCCAAACCAUGGAAAAGAACUGUACAUAUGUUCCUUCCGGUUUGCUUUUCAAAUGGGGCACUUCUGGGAUGGAAAUGACACCCUCUCUGCAGACUCACUGGGGCUACAUCGAAUGUGAAGAACAUUCCCAGAUGCCAAAGAAUGAGAUGUGUGUAAGUUUUCACCCUGGAAGUGGAGAUUGGACCUUGGAUGAUUGUGAUACAAAAAGAGGAGGUGUUUGUCAAUUUAAUAAAGUUCCCGUUUUGAGCACAGAGCUUGUGGAUGACAUCGGCAUAUCCAGUUUUCCCAAAUCGCCAUUUUUUACAAAAAUCCGCAACGAUCUUCAUGCCAACCCUGAGUUAGAAAACCAUAAUUCAUCAUCAACGGCAGAACACGAGCUGCACUGGCUGAGUUCGCUCGCUCAGUCUGUCCUGAAGGCUAUCGAGACUGAUCCUGACAUCAUCACACCUUUAGACAUGCAGCAGCUCACUCAAACCAUUGAGCAUGCGGCAGCUGCUCAAGUUAAUAAGACAUCGGUCCCUUCUGAAAUUCUUAGGUCCAUGGUUUCCAGCUACCUGAUCCUAGCCAGUGGGCUUAUUGAUCCUGCCUUGUCCAAGCAAUGGUUGGAUAUGAAGCCAUUAGGUAUUAACCUUAGACCAUUUACGGUUGUCGAGAGUAUUGAAAAAAUACUGUGGGCGCUGGCUGAUUCAAUUUUCCCAGACAAGAAAAGCUUUGCACUUUUAACAAAAAACAUAGAUGUUCACAUGGAGCCACGGACAUUAUCUCAUGCAAACUACGAAAGCAUGUACAAACCCUCAAUGCAACAGAAUCACUCCAGCAGCCCCGAGGAAAUGCUCAUAUCUGAGACUGAAAUCCAGAGGCUCCAUUUUCUAGGUCACAAGAAUGUGAUGUUCAUCCAUGCCUACUACAGCAAUAUGAUGGAGGUGCUCUCCCAAAAUGAAUUUGAAGCAUUUACAGACAAGCACACAGCAAGUGGACAAUACGUGUUUGGUCACCUGGCUACAGCAGUGAUUUCAGCCACGGUGCGAGAUGUCGCAAGGGAAGAGAACAUUCCGGUGUCUGUGCAGUAUACUUUGUCUACUGUAAAAGUGGUGGAGUCUUCUAAACAGCCCACACCUUUGUGUAUUUUCUGGAAUGUCAGUGCAGAAACCUCAGAUGUGAGUGAUUGGUCAGACAAAGGCUGUAGAGUGUUGCACUCUGGACCAAAUAGCACGUCCUGCCUUUGCAACCACACCACCAACUUUGCCAUCCUUAUGAAUUACCUGGAAGCGAGGUGGAGUGAAGAGGAGGAGAUGGUCCUGACCAAGCUGACGUUUAUAGGAUCAGGAGCAUCACUCUGUGCUCUUGUAGUGACCUUGAUGCUGCUUACCAUGCUAGAUAUUCCAAAAUCGGAGAGGACGUCCAUUCACAAGAAUCUCGCCAUCUCUCUGACUUUUGCACAAAUAGUCCUUCUGUGCAGUGGCUCUGCGAUUCAUAACAAGGUGGCCUGCACGAUGGUCGCAGCUCUGCUCCAUCUGUUCUUCAUGGCAGCGUUUAGCUGGAUGUUAGUGGAGGGAUUGCUGCUCUGGAGCAAAGUGGUGACCGUUAACCUGAGCGAAGAUCGCCAUAUGAAAUACUACUACCUGAUUGGCUGGGGUCUGCCUGUCCUGAUAGUCGCCAUUACUUUGGCUUCAGCCUCUGGAAGCUACUCAGCAGAUGAGUACUGCUGGCUCAGUGUACACAAUGGCGUCAUAUGGGGUUUUGUUGGUCCGGUCAUCUUCAUCAUUAUGGUAAACAUCAUGGUACUGACCCGUGUGGUUAUGAUUACCAUCUCCACAGCCAAGAGAAGAUCUCUGAUGAUGGCAGACAGCACUAGUUCCAUCGAACAGGUGUCUGAACAGAUACGGGCGGCGGUAAAAGCAGUGCUGGUUUUGCUGCCAAUUUUAGGCCUGACCUGGCUUUGUGGACUUCUUGUGCCUUUCUCCAUCAUCAUGGCCUACCUUUUCAUCCUCCUCAACUCACUACAGGGUCUCUUUAUCUUUUUGAUAUAUGGCGUGUACAACACAGAGAUACGCAGCACAGUCAACAGGAUGAAGGAACGGAGGAAAGCCCAGAACUUUUCAAACUGUAGCAGCUCCAGACCAUCCAGCUCCACAACUAACUCUCAGCGUGGCAGCUCCCCAGUGCCGGGCGAUUUGGGUUGGCACGAUAGCGGUGCCGAUCAGCCGGGAAGCUUCUCCAUGUCCAGCGAAUGUGGAAGUCUGAGCUACAACGGCGAGAGGCAUUUCUCCAUCCCUUGUGUCCGUGACAGCCUGAAAGAAGAUCUCAGCUGUCUGGCUUGUGGCACUCACACCACUCACACGACUAGGCAGGAUAACAGGAUCCACUCUGGCGACAGAAAAGCAGAGUCAUGCAGUCUUCAUGUUCCCAUGGGCUCUGAGCGGCACUCGUGCUACGUGUUUAACUCGUAUCCAAAGCAGCGCAGCAGCGAGUUUUAGCUGCAACUCCGAUUCUUCACAUCUUCUUCAUAUAGAUCUCAGAUAAAAUGUGACUUGUUUGUUUCAUUCUCAUUCUUUUUUUAAAUCUGUGAUCACUGCGUGUAAACAUUAAUACAUUUCUUUUUAAGCUCUUAUAUUUACAAUAGAUAUAAAAAUGUAAAAUCGCAGGUAUUUUGUGGUUAAAAAAUUGAUCAGAUUUUCUUCUCCAUGAAACAAAAUUCAGGUGAAGCAUUUAAUGUUCAAGGCAGCGUUGAGAAUCAACCAGUCCCCUUCAAACUCAUGCUCAAAAGUAAUUACUUCUAGGGAAGUGCAGUUCAGGCUUAUGAUCAGAAGGUUCUAUCUGCCGCAUGUGGGCCCUUGAGCAAGGCUCUCAACCCUCAACUGCUCACUUGUACAAAUAAGAUCACUGUAAGACGCUUUGGAUGAAGGGAAUAAUACACGUCAUCUCAUAAACGAAUUCUGAUCAGCCCUGGAAAAGGCUGCUGAGACCUACAGCAACAUUGAGCUGCAGGAAUACUGAGCAAAUCCUGUUCUGAAAUAAUGGGCAAAAAGACACACAAAAGAAAGGGGAAAAAAAGAGGCAACACCUCACCUAAAGUGCACAAUAUCCACGGUGAAGCAUGGUGGUGGAAGCUUCAUGGCAGGACUCAGGACAAAGAUAGUUGUCAGGGAUAGUUCCGAAGACCAGUCAGAAAGAAGUUCACCACAAUAACAGCCCAAUGCACACGAGAUCAAAAGGAAUGGUUUAGAAGAAGAUAACAUUUUGAAAUGGAAAGCCAGAGCUCAGAUUUUUUUUUUUUUUUUUUUUAAGACAAUCAAGGUGAAAAAAAAAGAUUUCUAUUCCAUCACAAAAACCUGCCACUGUGUAGACCUUGUACUGUAUUCAUCCUACAACUGUUACUAUUUUUUUAACACUAUAUGGACAAACGUUUGUGGACACCUGACCAUAAGAUUCAUUCUUUUUAGGCAUCUACUUCCAAAUGUAUUCCCCAGUUUAGUGCUGUUAUAAUAACCUCUGCUCUUUUGUGAAGAUCUCGAUUUUAUUCCAGUUGUGUUUGUAAAAUUUUUUUAACCCAUUAAUCCACAAGGGUGUGAUUCAGAUGUGCAGUAGAAGAAGGCGAGAAGAUUUUGGUGGUGCACUCAGUUCAUCGCAAAGGAUUUCAAUCUGAUUGAGGUCAGAGCUCUAUAGCAGGCCACUCAAGAUCUUCCACAUCUUCCAUGUCGCUGGCUUUGUUCAUAUUGUCACAGGCUCAGGUCUCCUAGCUCAAGUGAACGGAAAAUUCAACACUACGAUUUUAAAAGACGUCCAAUUCAAUUGUGUCCCUCCAGCUAUUGGUGUCCCAAUACUUUUGUCCAUAUACUGUGAUUUCGUUUCCAAGAACACUGGCAUUUAAUAAAGCCCUAUAACCCAGAAA